AUGUCUGCCCGUGUGUGCGUCUCGGUCCGUCAUCCAUGUCUGCCCGUGUGUGCGUCUCGGUCCGUCAUCCAUGUCUGCCCGUGUGUGCGUCUCUGUCCGUCAUCCAUGUCUGCCCGUGUGUGCGUCUCGGUCCGUCAUCCAUGUCUGCCCGUGUGUGCGUCUCAGUCCGUCAUCCAUGUCUGCCCAUGUGUGCGUCUCGGUCCGUCAUCCAUGUCUGCCCAUGCAUGUGUCUUCCUUCCUCUCUCUGUCCUCUCCUAUUCUCCCCUUUGGGAUAACAGCCUCUCCUAUUCUCCCCUUUGGGAUAACAGCCUCUCCUAUUCUCCUCUUUGGGAUAACAGCCUCUCCUAUUCUCCCCUUUGGGAUAACAGCCCCUCCUAUUCUCCCCUUUGGGAUAACAGCCUCUCCUAUUCUCCCCUUUGGGAUAACAGCCCCUCCUAUUCUCCCCUUUGGGAUAACAGCCUCUCCUAUUCUCCCCUUUGGGAUAACAGCCUCUCCUAUUCUCCUCUUUGGGAUAACAGCCUCUCCUAUUCUCCCCUUUGGGAUAACAGCCUCUCCUAUUCUCCCCUUUGGGAUAACAGCCCCUCCUAUUCUCCCCUUUGGGAUAACAGCCUCUCCUAUUCUCCCCUUUGGGAUAACAGCCUCUCCUAUUCUCUUUGCGACCUACUUAUUUUUCCCCUGGCAGCCUACUACCCCCCCAAGGUGACCUGCUAUUUCCAACCCCCUCCCCCAUAUACCUGGCGACCUAAUCUCACUCCCCGCUGGCAACCUACUUUUCCUCCCCUCCGGCAACCUACUUCCCCACUGGCGACCUACUCUUUUUUCCCCCCCUUUCCUCUGGCAACCUGCACUUUCUCCCCAUUUCCUUUCCUGCUGCCCCCAGUGAGCUGCUUUGCCUCCCCACUUUCCCCAGCAGUCAGUUCCUUCCUCCAUAUUUCUGAUUACUGCCCUUGUACUUCCAGCUUCUGA